CCAAUAAGCCGCCGACUCAGUCUGUCUGCAGCUUUUAUCGGCCCGUGUAUGGCCACUUUAAAAGAACAAAUAAGAUGAUGUUCUGGCUGUGACCAGAUGUAGGAAAGUUAUGUAUGACAGAUAGAAGUGACAGUCGCCCACUGAUAUGGUCAGACAGGCAAUACAUAAAGAGAUAUUAUCAUUAGCCGACAGAAAUCUUUUGAUCUGUCACAUUGACUACGAAAAAUAUCAGGACAAUCUACACGCGAGCCAAAAAUCUUACAAAACUUUGAUUCAUAUUCUAUAUCUUUGUGUCUGAGGCUUUAGUAGAAACUGUUGAUACCAGAGAUCCCAGGUCACUUCAGGCUCUUCAGCUGCUGCAGAAACAUUACAGGGGGCUCCACAGAGGGUUCCUAUGUCCUUGUUAUUAUUGUUAUGUCACAGACUGUUAUCAGUCCACCAUCUUUAUUUCACACACAGACUUCCCAGUCUCCUCCCACUAUUCCCAAGGCUGAAACAUUCUGACUUCCUUCACAAUCAAUUCACUUCAUACAACUGAACAAAGCAAAUACAUAACAGAUACCAACUGAAAUAUUCCAGCACAGAAACCCCUGUCUCACAGACACAUUAAAUCCAUAUUUUGUCAGGUUGUUGGCAAGUUAUUUGAAUACUGAGAAAUCCAAGCAGCACUAGGACCAUGAAGCUCCUGCCUCCUUGGGGGGAGGAGCCAGAGCUCCAUUUUGUGGCAGUUACACACACAGAACAGGCAGUGAGUUUUGUUUGUCAUAAACUGCCACAUGUGAAUGGCAGUGCUCCUGGCAGAGACUCUAGCCACUGGCCCCGGGAUGAAUUGGCCCCAAACUGACUGGUGACAAGAACACUAGGAGCCUGGGAAGCUGAUGUGAGGAUUGGGGGAAGAAUCUGUGGAAAAGGAAGUCCCAGGGAAUCCGGAAGUGAGAGAAAAGCCCCAGAAGCCAAUGAUUGUGAUUCUUUGGAUAAAGACAAGAGACCAUUAGACUGUGCAACUUCUCCAACACCAGCAAAUCCUCACAUUGGAAAGAAACAUCUGUAUCAGACUCAGAAUCACCAUCAUUACAAUGAACAUUCCCAACUCCCAGAAGAAACGUUCUUUAGGAAGAAAACAAGCCAAAUGCUCAGAAUGUGGGAAAAUAUUUAUAGACAAAACUCACCUUCAAAAUCAUAUGAGAAUUCACACAGGAGAGAAACCAUACACGUGCACAGAAUGUGGCAAAAGUUUCACGGAAAAAAGUGCCCUUAGAAAACACCUGAUAAUUCAUACUGGGGAGAAAAUGUUCCAGUGCACAGAAUGUGGGAAAAGAUUUGCUAGAAAAGGGCACCUUGAUACUCACCUGAGCACUCACACAGGAGAGAAACCUUUCACAUGCACGGAAUGUGGGAAAAGAUUUGCAAGAAAAGACAAUCUUCGUCUUCAUCUGAGAACUCACACAGGAGAGAAACCAUUCAAAUGUACAAAAUGUGGGAAAAGUUUUAAGCUAAAUUAUUUGCUUAAAUGCCACAGUAGAAUUCACACAGGAGAGAAACCUUUCAAGUGCACAGAAUGUAACCAACGUUUCACUCUACUGAGAACCCUUACAGUUCACCAAAGAAUUCACACCGGGGAGAGACCUUAUAUGUGCACAGAAUGUGGGAAAAGUUUCAUGGCAAAAUCACACCUUAACAGACACCAGAGAAUUCACACAGGGGAGAAACCUUUCAUGUGCACAGAAUGUGGGAAAGGUUUCCUGAGAGAGCUACACCUUAAAAGACACCAGAGCAUUCACACAGGGGAGAGACCUUAUAUGUGCACAGAAUGUGGGAAAAGUUUUGCUAUAAAAAGUGACCUUCAAAAGCACCAGAGAGUUCACACUAAGGAGAAACCUUAUGCAUGUACAGAAUGUGGGAAAACGUUUUCUACAAAGGACGGACUUUCUUCUCACAUAAGUGUCCACACAGGAGCUUUUACAUGUACAGAAUGUGGAAAACGAUUGUCUCGUAAGGAAACCCUUGAACGACACAUCCAACGUCAUGUAGAAGAAAAAAUAUUUACAUGUAUAGUAUGUAGGAAAAACUUUUCUAACAAGAGACACCUUCUCCACACAACUCACACUGGGGAGAAACCGUUCAUAUGCACAGAAUGUAACAAUAUGACUCACUCCUUUCUUUUCUCAUGCACAGAAUGUGGCAAACAGUUCUCUAAAAAGAAAUAUCUUACCAUACACCGGAGAAUUCACACAAGAACUGAACGGUUCCCAUGUACAGAAUGUGGCAAACAUUUCCCUACAAAGACCUACCUUACCAGACACAAGCGACUGCACUUAAAAAGGGAAACUUUCCAGUGUACAGAAUGUGGCAAACGUUUCUUAUCAAAGACCUACUUUCAGCAGCAUUGUGUUACCCACACAGACGAGAAACCUUUCAUAUGCACUGAAUGUGGCAAAUGUUUCUCUAUGAAGAUGAGCCUUACACAACACCAGAAAAUUCACACAAAAAGGGAAACGUUCCCAUGCACCGAAUGUGGCAAACCUUUCUUUAGUAAAACCAGUCUCCAGCGGCAUUCUAUGGCCCACACAGGGGAGAAACCUUUUGUGUGCCCAGAAUGUGGCAAAUGUUUCACUUCAAAGAAAACCCGUAACAGACACCAGAAAAUUCACAUAAAACGGGAAGCUAUCUCAUGUACAGAAUGUGGCAAACAUUUCUCUAAAAAGAGCGGCCUUCACAGUCAUUAUGUUACUCACUCAAAGGAGAAACCUUUCGUGUGCACAGAAUGCGGCAAAUGUUUCUCUCUCAAAAUGAACCUUACAAAUCACCAGAAAAUUCACGUAAAAACGGAAACUUUAUCAUGUACGGAAUGUGGCAAAUCUUUCUCUAAAAAGAGGAACCUUCAGCAGCAUUCUCUUACCCACGCAGUGCCGAAACCUUUCGCGUGCACAGAAUGUGGCAUACGUUUCUGUCUAAAAAUUAACCUUAUAAAUCACCAGAAAAACCACAUAAAAGAGAAUGUACAAAAUGUGGCAAGCGUAUCUUGAAAAAGUGUAGCCUUAAAUGGCAUUAUUCAAUCCACACUAGUAGAAUAUUUUCAUUUUGCCUGAAUGUGAACAAUUUCACUCGGCAGGAGAGAAACCUUUCACUUGCACAGAAUGUGGCAUAAGCUUGUUUAAUUGUUAUUGGGAUUCUGUCAUGAUUUUUAUGGUGUAGAUUUAUUUCUAAAUUAAACGGUUUACAGUGCAAAUAAUUCACUCUACCAUGUAAAGGUUCAUUGCUAACCCAACAAGUAUAUCUUUUUAGUUGUAAUAGAACCAUCUCAGGUCAUUUUGCCUGGUCAUGUGAUUUCAGAAAGAGCCAGUGCUGCACUAUGGAACUGCUUUCUGAAAGACUGUUGUUUCUUCUACUCAAUGUAAGUUAAGGAGUCUCAGUGGGACCUGUUCUUAUAUCUACCAGAGAGGUGUUAUCUGGUUACCUUCUCAUUGUUCUGCUGAUGGGCUGAUGGUGGGCAAGAAAUGGGGGCUAUAUCGCUCCAAAUUGCAGUGGAGCAGUAAAGAGUGACUGAAGUUUAUCAGAGCACAUGACUGGGGGCACCUAGGAAAUGGACAAUAUAUUUAGCUCCAUGCCAGUUCUCCAAAUUAAAUAUUAAAAGUAUCAGUUUACACUUUCUAUAAAUGGAUUUCGGUGCAGAAGUUUGUGGGAGCAGCACUAAUACUUAUUUUGAGGCAUUUUGAAAAAACAUGUUUUCCCAUGACAGUAUAAAAAAAACAGACUUACACUCGCACACCCUGGCCGUCCAGAAACAAACGAAUCCCAGGUGCUCGAUGAUAGAUGAAUUGGACAACCUCAAAAGCAGCGUAGACACUGGACACACCGGCACAGCAUGGGUAUUACUAGCAGGUAUAACCUUGCUCGUUUAUUGCGGAUGCAACGUUUCGGGGCGUGACCCCUUUCUCAAGCAAGUUCCCAUGACAGUAUCCCUUUAAUGAGCUAAUGUCCCCUUUAAACCUUUCAUGGCAAAUCCUGGGCAUUUUCUAUGUAUAAUAGAGCAUGAAUGGGCCAUUUUUCCUGACUGAUGCAUUAGGCUUAUUGUUGGCCAGGCUUUCCACCCAGGAACCCAAGUAACAAAUGGGCUAAUAACUGGGGCCACCUAGGUCACAGGCCCCUGGAGUGUAUAAGUAUUAACUAAGAAUUAUUUUACCAAUUCCCUGGAAAUAAAGUGGGGGAAAACUCCAGUUGUUGACAAAAAUAAUUUGAGCUGGGACCAUGUGUGGGUAUUGGGGGUGCAAGUAGUAAUGGAAGAUGUUAUUUAAGGGAUACUCUCAGUCUAUAAUAUCCCCUUUUAACAACUAUUUUUACAAUUGUCUCCCCUGUUUUUAGAUGUAAAAUAUAUGGACUUUAUUAAAUGACAAAGUGUAAAA